CAGACCCGUCUGAGCAGUCUGAAAGCUCACAUGAAGCAGGAAAACUUCUCUUUAAAACAAAUGCUGAAUUUAAUUACUGCAUAGAGAAUAAACACCAGGAGUUCUGCUUACGAGAAGAGGAAAGGGUUAAAAAGGAGAAGGGAAAAGGACACGGCUGAAUCUUUAUCAUCACAACUAAGACCAGGCAGAAGGAAGAACAUGGAUAAAUCUAUUACCUUUGCAGGUGAAUCCAGCAGCCUGUCUGAAGAGCAGUUACAGUGUUCUAUCUGUCUGGAAGUGUUCACUGAUCCCGUCACCACUCCAUGUGGACACAGCUUCUGCAAGAGCUGCCUCACACAAAGCUGGGAUAAGAGUCAACAUUAUUAUUGUCCAUUUUGCAAAGAGAAAUUCACCAAGAGACCUGAACUGAAGAUUAAUAUAACACUGAGAGAGGUUGCAGAUCACUUCAAGAAGAAAACUGUCUCAGAUAAGUCUCAGAUUCUUUGUGACAUCUGCACUGGUGAGAAACAAAAAGCCAUAAAAUCCUGUCUGGAUUGUGGUGUGACUUACUGUACGUCCCAUCUAGAGCCUCAUAAUUAUGUUCCAAAAUAUAAGAAACACAAUCUAAUAAAUGCAGUGGAGAACCUGGAGAAAUACAUAUGCCAGAAGCAUGAGAGACCUCUGGAGCUGUUCUGUAGAGAUGAUCAGACGUGUGUGUGUCGGUUCUGCACUGAGGGAGAACAUAAGACUCACAACGUUAUUCCAUUAGAGGAGGAGAGUGGAGAGAGGAAGAGUCAGCUGGGAAAAACUCAGACGGAGGUGCAGGAGAUGAUCCAGGAGCGACUGAAGAAGAUCCAGGAGAUUAAUCACUCAGUAGAGCUCAGCAAAAGAAACACAGAGAAAGAGAAAUCGGACAGUGUUGAAGUCUUCACCACUCUGAUUCGCUCCAUUGAGAGGAGUCAGGCUGAGCUGCUGAAGGUGAUGGAGGAGAAGCAGAAAGCAGCAGAGAAGCAGGCUGAAGGACUCGUUAAAGAGCUGGAACAGGAAAUCCAUGAGCUAAAGAGGAGAGACACUGAGCUGGAGCAGCUCUCACACACUGACGAUCAUCUCCACCUCCUACAGAUUUAUCCGUCACUGUGCAGCGCUCCACACACCAAGAACUGGACUGAGAUCAGGAUUAACACUGAACUGAACAUGGACGCUGUGAAGACAACUCUGUCUCAGCUUCAGGAGACUCUGAAUGAGAAACUCAGUAGAACGCUGAAUGAGAAGCUGAAGGAAAUGGUCUCCACAGAACUGAAGAGGAUUCAGCAGUAUGCAGUGGAUGUGACUCUGGAUCCUGAUACAGCUUCUCCCUCUCUCAUCCUGUCUGAUGAUGGAAAACAAGUGACACAUGGAAACACAUGGCAGAAUCUCCCAGAAACCCCGAAAAGAUUCACUUAUUAUGCAAUAAUCCUGGGAAAGCAGGGUUUCUCCUCAGGGAGGUUUUACUAUGAGGUGCAGGUCAGCGGGAAGACGGAGUGGGAUUUAGGAGUGGUCAGAGAAUCUGUUAACAGGAAGGGGAAGAUUGAACUUAAACCUCACGAUGGAUUCUGGACUGUAAUUCUGAGAAAGGGGAAUGAGUAUAAGGCUUGUGAUGAUACCUGUAUCUCCCUCUCCCUGAGAGAGAAACCCCAGAAGGUGGGAGUGUUUGUGGAUUAUGAGGAGGGUCUGGUCUCCUUUUAUGAUGUUGAAGCCAGGUCUCAUAUCUACUCUUUCACUGGUCAGUCUUUCACUGAGAAACUCUAUCCGUAUUUCAGUCCUUCUAAUAAUGAUGGAGGUAAAAACUCAGCACCACUGAUCAUCUCUCAUGUAUCAAAGACCGUAUAAAUUCUCACCUCAAUCAAUUGUAUGAAAGGACCAGAAUGAAAGACUAUGGGCCACAUUUAUCAGUUUUUAAGUCGUGUAAAUGUUUUUGUGGCCAAACCAAACAAACAUUUUUACCAGAUUUACAAAAGUAUCAGUAGCACUGAUUUUGUUGCUACUCUCUAGCGUAUGUUGAUGAAAGCCAAUCAGUCAAAAAGUACAAAGCAUGUGCAUGCCACAGCUCAUUUGCAUUUAGUAACACCCACAAAACUCCAUAAAAGGUCAAUCUCAGAGAGCUGAAAGCACAAAAUGAUGACUAAACUGCAAAAGAAAAAACAAUUCUCAGUGGCAGAAGUGGAAGUUAUUUAGAUUUAUACCAAUGUCUAUGCCAAUAAAAAUGAAUUAUUUAUCAGGAUAACUGCACCUAAAAAGUCUAAAAUCUCAAGCCUCAACACAGAAAAGGUUAAUUAGAUGUGAAGUAAGUCAGAUGAAAAGAAAUUGGUUUAACAUGAAAUUGGAAGGAGAGAGGGAUUUAAAAAAAAUGUCUACACAGAACCCAGGCGAUCAUGGACACCAAGCACAUCACACAGAGAAACUGCUAUGUUUAAUUCAGCAACUGUUGGCCAGAAAUGUCUCACACUGAUGAGCUCUUCAGCUUCUCACACACUUCGGCUUCUCACACAGCAAUGUGACCUCCCUGAUGUCAUGUUGGAAAAGUAGAGUGUCGUAAAGAAACCUGAUGUAUUCAGGAUACAUUAGAGAGUAAACGGCUCGGUGCAGAUUGAGACAUACCAGAUCAGUCACUUAUCAGUCACUUACUGCUGGUCACUAAAGUGUUACACAGCAUUUAAAGAAGAACCAACAGAACCAACUUAUAGGCCAGUUAGUUCAUUAAACUGGUGUGUGUAACUGCCAUAAAUAAGCUAUUUAAACUUGGCAGCAUAAUCCACAUGUAAAAUCGCAAUAACUCAUCAUUAAUUAUAUGAUUUGGUAUAAAUCAUUUGGGUUUCCCAUUAGUGCGUUUAACUGGAUAUAAAUGAGUUUUCAUCAAAACAUUUACACAUUUCUUGUGUAAGUGCUCCUACACACAGUUUCAUACAAGAACAAAACCUCAUGUAUAUAUGUAUAUAAUCUUAUGUAUAUAAGUGCUUCCCACAUAGGUAUUAACUGCUGCAUGUAAAUAAAAAUGUAAUAAAAUGAAAUAAUUAAUUUGAAUGUAAUAAAUUCAACGUAUUUUCUGAUUUAUAGUUGAUGAAUAUUAGAUUUUGUCAUCUUCGUUUUCAGGUAAUUAUGAAUCGGUUUGUAAAGGCUACACUGCUGUUUAUUGGAUAAUUAUAAGACAAAAACCUGUCCUAUCACUGUAUUUUCUGUGUCAGAAAACUUAAAUUUACAACUUUACCUCUGACUCUUACAAAAUAAUGACACUGGAGGCUCCUUCCAUAAAUGAUACAUAAAUAUUUAUACUUCACCAUAUCGAAAUACUGAUUUUUUUUUUUGGUUAAAUAUUGCCCAUGAAAAGCAUGGUUUAUUAUAAACAUGGCUGUAGUAGUAACCACCUCACAUGUGAGGAAGCUCACAUCGACUAGUAAAACUUCUUUUUUUUUUUUUUCGUAAUAAGUGUUACUACUAAUACCAGGAAGAGAAAAAAUAUACUUUAAUAUUCACCCACUUGAACUUUUUUACCUUUGUGUAUCUGCAGCUCCUUCAGAGUUACCCUUGGCAUGUUAGAUGUUUCUGACUAAUCCGCUCUUUAUCUGGUCACUGAGUUUUGGUGGACGGCUUCGAUCCUCUGGGAAGCAUUGUGUCAUAUUCUUUCCAUUUUUUAAUAAUGAAUUUAAUGGUGCUUUGUGGAAUGUUCAAAGUUUGGGAGGUUUUUUUAUAACCAAUCCCUGAUUGGUACUU